AUGUCUGGACGAUUCAAUUACAAAGACCAGGAGGCGUACAAGCUGUAUAACAGCUUUGAAAAACGACCCGACGGGUUACCUGAAUAUGAACUCGACGACAAUGGGAAUCCUAUUGUAGCUCCAGGGGAGCUAUUUUGCCGUGCUCGUAUAGGGGACGACGAGAUGUGCGUGAACGCGACGAAACAAUACCAGCCAUCUAACCUACGGAAUCACCUUAAAAACACACAUGGUUACGAGAUAGCAAAAUUGCCGGCCGGUGUGAUGAACAGUGUUGAACACCAAAAGACUGCCAAAUUUUAUCGGGAGCUCAUGCGGCGUACGACUGAAAACCAGGAGGGACGGGCUCAGUCCGAGGGGGGGGGGCGCAAUGAUACACCUAUUCGGGACACACCGCAACGGUCUCGGCGAUCUAGGGGCUCAACUGCAUCGGAGGCACCACCACAGCCACCACCACAGCCACCACCACCCCAAGAGCCCCAAAUCAAGCAAGAGGAGGAGCAAGACGAAGGCCUUUUGGAUAUUCCACGAAAAAGGAACCUUCAAAUGGACGGUCUUAGCAUGCGAAAACGCCUUAAACUGUUAGGGCGCGCUUGUAACGGGUGUAUGGCGAGGGGUAAAAAGGCGGCAGAGUGCCCCCCUCAAACCCCCGAUAACUUUUGCGAGGUGUGGAAACGGUACAAGAAGCCAUGUGAGACUAUCACCAUCAGCGACGACGAGGACAAAAGUCAGCCCGAUAGCACGGACGACGGCGCCGACGCUCCCACCGGCGCCGACGCUCCCACCGGCGCCGACGCUCCCACCGGCGCCGACGCUCCCAACAGCGCCGACGCUCCCAACAGCGCUGACGCUCCCACCGGCGCCGACGCUCCUGCCGUGGCCACCAUCCGCCCAACCAUUGGAAAGAGCCAAAAAACCAGCUCUCGAGCUAGCUCUAACACACGAUCUCGUACAAGGGGUCAAGUCGAGGCUCCCACAGAGACAGUGGUCAGCUUAGGGACAUUUAUGGACCAAGUUUUCAAUUACGAUGGUGACUAUCCGAUGGAAAAUCUACCUAAGCCCAGGAUAGAUUGGUACGAGGAACUUCCAUGA